AUGAAGUCGUCGCCCGGCAUCCCCGUCCCUAUACCAAACCCCAUGCCCAUGCCCAUGCCGGCCACAGGCGCCGGAGGUAUCGGCAUCCCCAUCCCGCCAUCGGGCAUCUCCAUCGGCGGCAUCGGCAUGAACCUCACGGUUGUGGAUCCAUCCCCAGCCGAGCGGGUAGACUUGCGUUUGUUCUUCGAACUCUUCGGCUUGGGUUUCUUCUUCGUCUUUGUCUUCUUCUGCUUCUGA